CUCGUAGCCUGAGCUGCUAUGUCCCCUGACCUAGUUGACAGUAUGCGUUAUGUUCCAUUAUAUUCAGAUAUAGUUUUAGGACUGUUGCGAGAUAGCACGUCGUUACCCUCUUUUAUCUCAUCAAGUGUGUAAUCUCGUAUGAUAUGCUCAGAUGUAGUCCGUCCAUGGAUUGUGCUUUGUUAUACUGGAAUCGUUUCACUUACAGUUUCUCAAUUAUUCUGACAUAUUCCUCGAUGUGAAUGACGUGAAAUUAUUAAAUGCAGAAUCGUAGUCCCGUCAUCUGUAGACAGCUGUACUUCCGUCACAGCUGACGAGCAUUGUUAUUGCAAGCUACUCCGAUAAUGCGAUUGACGGAGAUGAAAUUCAACGAUCUUAUAUAUUGGUAUCAAAAAAAGAUUGGUACAUAUGAUAAACAGCAAUGGGAAAGAACUAUAGAGCAACAUAUUCUUGGUGGGCUCACACAUGUUCCCAUGAGAACUGCAAAGCUCAAAACAGAACUGAUUGAUGUUGAUCUCGUUCGUGGAUCUUCAUUUCCAAAGGCCAAACCGAAGCAUGGCUUGUCGACAGUAGCUUGCCUAGCAUUUCAACGACUCUUGUUUCUUCCAUUGUAUAAAAAGUGGUGGAUACAGCAAACAAGUUAUCGCAUCUUUGUGCUUUUUUUAUUAUUGUACAGCUUACAAGUGGUCAAUAUCUUCCUGUAUUACAUUUAUGCAAACAGGGAAAACGAGGCAGAAAUUGUCUCAAUGUCGGAAGUAUUAAUACCUAUUAUUAUGAUGUUUAUUCUGUGCAUUGUUCAUUCCCACAUUGUGUCAACACAUUCAGGUCCUACAAUGACAUCUAAUCAAUCCAGACAACGAAUAACAAGACGUUCUCGACAUGUCAGAGGCAGAAGUGGAAAGUCAAGACCUAGACUUAAUUUACGUAUACAUAAGGAUACAAAAUCUUCUCAAGAUAUAGCUUCUGAUAAAUCAAAUGUAGGAAAUGAAGAAGUACUUACUGCUGUAAGAUUCGCGAAGAAAGUAAUGAUUGAGAAUUCUUUGUCUGGCAGUCAAUCUCAAGAACCUGUUACGGUGGAAGCCAGUGCUCAAAUAGUGUAUGAUAAAGAAUCAAUAAGUACAACAGCAGAAAAUUCCAAUUCCACAAAUGAAACUUCAACUAGUCGCGAACAACCAGGUGCUUUGCCAGAAGAACAUGUACCAAAUAUACAUCAAGAUGACGAUGGCUUUGAGAGUCUAAACGGUAAUGUUUCUAGUGAUAAUGAUAGAGUGAUGGGACGGGCAAUGGUGCAAAGAAACAGAUCCCAAGAAAGAGUAGCACGUCAAGCUGAAAAUCACAACUGUAUGUUGUGGUUGGAAGAUGGCCCUAGUCAGCAAAUUCCACUCCCACCAAAGCACUCAGCACCCGAUCCAUUGAAAAAAGAUGGCAACUUUACGGAUAACACAAGUGGUAUUCAAAAUGAUCUACAUAAAGAUGUGCCAUCAAAGUUAUUGGGAUUGAGAGAGGGAGCAAUGCGAAAUGGACGACAGCAAUGCGAAAGCGAAGAAGAGGGCGAGUGUGAGGAAGCUACAACGCAUCAUCUCACUGAGGCGACAACAUCUGCUACAGAAUGGAUGGGAGUUACAACGAACAGCGACGAGUGCAGUUAUAGCUCAGAACUUGGAGAGUCUGACGUGCCAAGCGAGACCAAUCUCAAUUACAGCGAAUUCGUAGAGCAUCCUUUUUCCUGGGAAUUCGAACUACCGCCGUCGAUAUUACUUAAUUCCACUUGUACAUCGUCCGAUCGCGUUUCAUGUACCAUUUGGACGCGGCGUGAUAUCAAGAAAGCCGAGUUGUCGGUGUUGGACAUUAGUUCAGCGAUCAUUGCUAGAGUCGAAUCAAUGCCGGAAAGUAUGAAUUACUUUUAUGGCGGUUUGAUACUAAGCGUCGCGCUAUGUCUAAUACCGUCAAUAAAACGACUGAGCGAUCAUAUAGGGUCGGAUAAUGUUAGCAACGUGUCCGUAAGUCUACUACCGAGUGACAUGAUUCAAGUGAAUCUAGAAACGUACACUGAUGUCUUAUGUAGAGUGAUUGGUGUAGCGUUUGGAAACAUAUUUUGGGAACGAACAGUGGUGCUUAUCUCAACGUUCGAGCGAUUUGUGCUGUCGUGUUUUUUGUUCUUUUUGCUUGCGGUAGCGGAACGUACGUAUAAGCAGAGACUUUUGUACGCUAAAUUGUUCUCUCACUUAACAUCAUCCAGACGCGCGCGAAAGUCUGAUUUACCACAUUUCCGACUAAACAAAGUGCGUAACAUAAAGACAUGGUUGAGCGUUAGGUCUUACCUGAAGCGGAGAGGUCCACAACGAUCUGUAGAUGUAAUCGUAUCAGCAGUAUUUAUUGUUACAAUAUUAUUGCUAUCAUUUGUGAGUCUCGAAUUGAUUAAAGAUCUCGAAAGUUUACAUUCACGCUACAAUGUUGAAGCUUUAUUUUGGAGCUUCUCUCUUGGAAUAUUUAUUUUACGAUUUAUGACACUAGGGACGAAGAUUAACAAGAAAUAUAGGAAUUUAUCAGUUUUAAUAACUGAACAGAUUAAUUUGUACUUGCAAAUUGAGCAAAAACCACAUAAGAAGGAAGAACUGAUGGUUGCGAAUAGCGUACUGAAAUUAGCGGCUGAUUUGAUAAAGGAACUGGAGAGCCCGUUUAAGAUCUCGGGACUCUCAGCUAAUCCGUACCUUUACACCAUUACUAAGGUAGUAUUGUUGUCAGCACUCUCAGGAAUACUUUCAGAACUACUUGGGUUUAAACUUAAAUUACAUAAAAUAAAGAUCAAGUAAAGCAAUAAUAUACGAGAUGCAGCGCGUAUCAAAAGUCGCGCUACUACUUUCUAGUUUUAUAUUCUUUACCAAAUUGGAACUUAAUUUUUCCUCAGUAAAAAUUGGUUGAUAUACUUACUUAGUUAAUAUUACUAAUUUAAAUAAUUUAAUAUUAAAAUAAAAGUGAAAGAUUUAAGAUAAAAGUGAAAACAAAAGUGAUUAAACUCAAUAAAUUUUGUGAUCUUAUGUAUAAUACAGAGAUUGCCCAGAAAUUAUCGAUAAACAUUUUGUCAAAUUGAUCUAAAUAUAAAUCAUAACAAUAUAAAAGAGGACUUUGUUUAUAUAACCAAAUAAAAUUUUAAUAUAAUGAGUAACAUUUUAAGUAACUUAUUAAUAAAAAAUAAAUUAUAUAUAUUUUAUAUAAUUAUACA